AUGGUGAGGUUACGAACCGACCUGCUCAGCAACUACAGCGUGGGAGUGCUGCCACUGCGCAACCAGAGCAUAUCGCUGUCGGUGAACAUGUCCUUCUUCCUAAUCAUGAUCCACAAUCUGAACAUGAAGAACCAGAUCAUGACUGCCAGCGGCUGGCUAAAGUUUGAAUGGUGCGAUGAGUUCCUACAGUGGAGCCCCAACACGUACGGAGGUAUAGAUGAGCUUAUACUGUUCCAAAAAGACGUUUGGCUUCCGGACAUUUUCGUAGAGAACACGGCCCAGCACUACCGAGAACUGGGCAACAACCAGAUGUUGAUCAGCGUCAAAAGCUCGGGAAUGGUUCACUGGGAACCAGGCAUCAUCACGGAGACUAGCUGUGCUGUCAACAUCGGCAAAUACCCUUUCGACACGCAGGUGUGCGACAUCCGCUUCCUCACCUGGAUGCACACGAAUAAAACCCUGACUGUAGCCCCGGAACUGGACGUCAUCAACCUGGACGCCCUCUUGGGGGGAGGGGGAGAGGGGGGGGGAGACAAGAGAGGGGGGGGGGGGGGGGGGGGGGGGGGGGGAAGCGGCGAAUGGGACAUUACGAAAACGGAGGCCAACGAUUACCGCUACCCGUCCACCUACAGGGCUUUAUUAUAUACCACUUGCGUGUGUGUUUUAUUUCUUCUAAAUAUAAUGAUGGUCAUCCUCGCAACGCCAUGUCUGCAUGUGUUU